AUGGCAACGAUACCCAGAUUAUACACCCUGGGGAACUCUGCAAUCUCCCCGUUAAUUGCAUCUGAAAUAGCUAAACUUCCGACACAACCGAAAGUGCCCAAGAUUGUGCUCCUUUUACAAGACCAAAAACAAUUACAGCGGUUUCUAGAUGGUGAUUCCAAGAUAUCAAUCCAUCAUAAGGGGGAAAUUCCUUCUUCCGAACUACAAUUCAUGGCCUCAUGUAACCCACCUAUUUAUUCAACGGGAGAAGUAGCUACCAUCGAUAAUCUAUUAGUGGCUGAACAUCGUGCUAAGAGUUUGACCUCCUCUCUCACUAAGUAUAAGAAAUCUAUUUCGCCCACUACCAAUGUGAUGCUUGUGAACCCACCAUUUGGAUCCAUCGAAUACUUAUACGAGAAAGUUUGGAAACAGCCUUCUAUAAGACCGAAUCUCUUUAUAGGAAUGACCAAAGUGAGGAACCCAACGCAUAUAGCAAAGGCUUCGAAUGAGUUCCAUGUUAACGUGAGGAAAAAUGGUUUGAGUAUGUUUUUGAGUCCCAUACCACGAGAUUUAAGGAAUUACAAUCCAUUAUUGGUUAAUGAACAAGACAUGAUGAAGGAGAAUGAAUUUAUACGGUUGUUGAAAGAGACUGAAUCACAUUCAAGAAGAAACACUUUAGAAAGUACUCCACUGGAGUUUGUGCUUUUACCAUUUGGUGAACUUUUAUUAUUCAGAUUGGAGAGAUUGAUUGUAGAUAGCUGUAUUGAAUCAUUAAGUUUAUUAUACGAUUGUCAAUAUAGUGGAGAACUAUUAAUGCUAGUAAAAGCCACGGAACUACUGCGAAGACUUAUAAAAGAACAAGUAAAAAUAUUAAAAAUUGCAUAUCCUUCCUUGAGUGUGAUAACGAAUUCAUCCAUCGCGUUAGAUCAGGAUAGACUUUAUAAUCUCAUAAUUGAUUCAUUGAAAAAGAGUUCAAAUCAGAGCAAAGCUUCCAGACUAAAAAAACCUGUGCCAAUCCAGAGCAAUAUUGACGAAUUAUGUGGUUACUUUGUUAGACUAGCCUAUUCCAAUAAUAUUGAUUGCAAAUGGAAUGAAAUGUUAAAGUGGUUGGUUAAAGGUAAACUUUUACUCGCAAAGCAUAGAAGAUUAGAUUACCAUUAUUUAUAA